UGCUGACCCAUCGCGGCGGGAAAAGGCACCAGCCAUGCAGGCAUCCAGGUCCACCGCCGCGCCCACCACUGCCGCGCCGCUUCGCCCUCUGCGCCGGCUUGUGGUGCGGGCUGCGGCCCGGCACCAGCAGCAGCAGCUGGAGCAGCAAGAGCCGCAGCGGCCCGGACCUCUGCAGCACGCCGCCAUCGGCGCUGCCGCGCUGCUGGCCUCGGCGGCGCUGCUGCUUGCGCCCAGCGGCCAGCUGGCGGCGUAUGCGGCAGAUACCAGCAAGGUGGGGACGUGCCUCUUGCAGAACUGCCAGGCGGCGCUGGCAAACUGCCUCACCGACACCAUCUGCGCGGAGAAUCUCAUCUGCCUGCAAGUGUGCAACGGAAGGCCGGAUGAGACAGAAUGCCAGAUCAAGUGCGGGGAUAAGUAUGCCGACAAGGCCGUGGAGACAUUCACCGCUUGCGCCAUCUCGGAGCAGAAGUGUGUGCCGCAGCGAGUUGACGAGGGGCUGUUCCCGGUGCCCCCCGACUGCUCGCUGGACAACACCUUCGACUUGUCAUCCUUCCAGGGUCGCUGGUACAUCACGGCUGGGCUCAACCCACUGUUUGACACUUUCGACUGCCAGGAGCACUUCUUCGCCAGUCCCGAGCCAGGCAAGGUGUUUGCCAAGAUCAACUGGCGCAUCCCCUCCACGGACCCGCUGACGGGAGACCGCGACUUCAUAGACCGCUCCGUCAUGCAGCGCUUUGUGCAGGAUGCGGCCACCCCUGCGGUGCUAGUCAACAAGGACAAUGAGUUCCUGAACUACCAGGACACGUGGUGGGUGGGGGUGUAUGUGCUGGCCUCCAAGCCCGACGAGUACGUGUUCAUCUACUACAGGGGACAGAACGAUGCGUGGGUGGGGUACGGCGGCGCCACGGUCUACACCCGGGACGCCAGGCUGCCCGCAGAGGCCAUCCCGGAGCUGCAGGCGGCGGCGGAGCGUGCGGGCCUGGACUGGAGCAAGUUCAUCGUCACAGACAACAGCUGCCCGCCGCACCCGCCGGAGCGCACGCUGCCGGAGCGGCUGCAGGUGGCCUCUGUGCGCAGGGCGGCGCAGGUGGAGUACGAGCUCGGCAACGACCUGCGCUCCUUUGGCCGCGGCUUCACAGUGCUGGAGCGAGACCUGUCUCGCGGGCUCAAGGGGGCCAAGCUGGCGCAGGAGGCUAAGCUGGGGGAGGCUAAGCUGGCGCCCCCACCCCUGCUCACCGAGGCGGAGCGCGCACUGGAGGCGGAGGCGGAGAGGGCGGGGAAGAUGAUCCGGCGGUUUGAGAUGGAGGCCAAGAUGGGGCCCUGGAUCAACUGGAUCCCGCAGAGCUGGCGCCCCAUCCUUAUGCCCAUGCCCUGAGGAGGCCAGCCUUGAGAGCUUUUGUUAGUAGGCGGGGAGUACCGUCGCCAACCACCCCAUUUUCGCCGGCUGCGGCAGGUCCAACUGCCUGCCGCGCUGCCCCACCGAGCGCACAUCAUUUUCACUAAUAUUAGUUGUAUCCUUAACUCGCAAGGAGCACCAGUGUGUGCUGCUUCGAGCACUGGCCCCCAGCCUGUGUCAAAUGCAGGCUUUGCCCUUUCUUUCCUUGUUCUUUCUUCCUCUUGAAAUGGCCUACCUUGUAAUAUUGGCACCCUGGU